AUGGAUGAAGCAGAACUGGGGCAUCUGGGGCUACCUCUUUCCAAUGAGCUCGCGGAUGGUACGAUGAGGACGUACGACCUCGUAUCCUUCGUACUCUACUUGCUCCUGUGCCUCCCAAUGAUCUGGUUCAGCCCAGAAAACUAUCGGAAACCGUUUCUGAUCGCCUCCACAACUGUUGCUACAACCGUGUUUGCACUUCUCAUCUGGUCCACCGUGCGAGCUGAGGGAGGAGGUGCCCUUGUCGCAGAUGUGAGUAAGGUCUCGGGUGUCAAGCCAGCUACGGGAGGCGAUCUCGGUUGGGCCUUCGUCGCGGCUGUUACGGCAAAUAUUGGGGGCAUCGCCACGCACAUGUGGUCUCAGUCGGACUACACGCGAUACGCACGAAAGCCGGGAGAUCAGGUCUUGGCGCAGCUAAUCAUGGUACCUUUGGGGACCAUCAUCGUAGCCUGCGUCGGGAUCAUCUGCACUUCAUGCGCCGCGACGCUGUACCCCGACGAGGGCAAGCUCCUGUGGCAGCCCUACGCUUUCCUGGAAGCCGUGCGCAAGAACGAAGAUAACUCUGGUGCCCGAGCGGGGAUCGCGUUUGCGAGCAUCGCCUUCAUGUUCUCGCAGUUCGGCAUGGUGGUCGCAUCCAAUUGCGUGGUUGCCGGAAUCGACUUAGCCGCCCUGCUACCGCGUUGGUUCACGGUCCCCCGCGGGGGCUAUUUCACUAUUGUCUUCGUGUUCAUUAUGCAGCCCUGGGCGCUCCUCAACAGCGCUAGUAAAUUCUUGACUGUCGUGGGCAGCUUCAACGUUUUCCUCGGCCCGCUCAUGGGGAUCAUGUUCGCUGAUUACUUCCUCCUCCGCAAGCGGACAAUCAAGUUAACCGACCUCUACGGGAACUCGUCCAACAGCAUCUACUGGUACACCAAGGGAUGGAACUGGCGAGCAGCCAUCGCCUGGUGCCUGGGCGCGUGGCUGUUCAUCCCAGGUCUGGCGCAGCGCGCUGUUGCUCCAAGCGAGGUAUGGGCGGGCUGGACGAGGCUUUAUCAAUUGUCGUGGUUUGUGGGCUGUCUUGUGUCAGGUCUGAUAUACCUCCUCCUGGACUAUUUGUGGCCCAUGCCGGAAAAACAAGCGGUGGACGACCUUGAUUAUUUUGGUACAUUUGGGGAUGCGCCCGUCCUACGCGGGGUGGCUGAGCUCGACGCCAUCUCCACGAUGUCUGGAGCUGUGGACAUUGACGAGAAGACUUCCGGGGCGGGCGGAGAGAAAGUCCAGACCGUCUGA